AUGAUUGAUGCAUGCUGUCCGUUUUAUAUGAUUGCAAGACCUGGUGGAUUAUUCAAACUUAGAAAUGACUUGAAAAAUGGUUUACGCCAUCACUCGGAUCGAACGAAGAAAACAUCUUUCCUAAACGAUCCAUUAUAUCAUGAGAAUCUAUAUAAUCAUGAUUAUGGACUUGCACCUGUACCACCACC